CUUCACUAGAUUUAAAAAAAUCUACAUCAGCAGUUGUACUCAGGAAUCAAUAGUUCAGCCUCUCGUCAGUUAGUUAUCACAUCCCGGGGAAAAUAGUUGUAUCAUAAUUACUCUGUGAAGUGUAAUAAUAAAUAAUAAUCAUUAGUGAAAUAAUUUUGAUGAUGAGUUGGUUGCAGUCAGUGUCUUUAAUUCAAGACAAUUUUUUCACUCUAGGUUUUUUCGUUGUGGUAUUAAUUAUUUUGAGGGGAUUCCUCCGGUAUCGAGAGGAUAUUCAACAAUUCCUGGAGGACAGGGGAAAGCUCGUAAAAUUUGCAGCGACUCUACCGGGCCCUAAGACUCUGCCUCUGAUUGGAAAUGCCCUCGCUAUUAGAGACACCGAGAAGGCUAUUCUCACUCUUUCGAAAAUGAGUCGAGACAUGAAUGGAGAGACGUUUCGAUUUUGGCUGGGGCCUUUCCUAAAAAUUGUUGUCCCUAAUCCUCGGGACAUACAAAUUAUCAUUUCUUCUUCGAAAGCUGCUCACAAGGAUGAUGUCUACAAAUUAAUGGAACCUGGGGUAGUCGGCGGUCUCAUAAACGCCAAUGGUGAUUACUCGAUGACAAAAUUCUUAGCCCACAAGAAAUUGAUACAGCCGAUGCUCAAUGGCGGUCUAGUGAUGGAUAGAUUCGCUAAAUUAUUCAAUUUUAAAUCACGGGGACUUGUUAAACGACUCGAGGAGAAAGUUGACACAGGAGAAUUCGAUGUCAUUGAGUUUAUCACAUCUUUUAUUGGCGAUAUUACUCUCGAAACGUUAGUGGGACGUCCAGCGAUUCUGGAAAAUGGCGAAGUCAUGCCGUUCUUGACGGAGACUCAAACAGCAUUGCAUGCCACGAUUUAUCGAAUGGCGAGACCCUGGCUGUACCCUUACUCUCUCUUCUGUAUCACAAAAAAAGGGAGAGAAUACUCGGAAAUUAUCAAGAGAGCACACGAAUUCAUCGAUGAUAAUGUCUCGCAGGCGGUGGAUAAUUACAAACCAGCGAAGACUGAAGACAUCAUUAAUAUGCCCCUGCUACAUUUUCUCGUUGAUCACAUGAUGAAAACCCAGGAGUUGACGCCGGUGGAGAUACGAUACGAAUUAAUUACCGUUUUUAUUGCUAUUUUUGAGACAUUGGAGGGCAUCUCGUGUCUUCUGAUACUCAUGAUAGCAAUGCACCCCGAAGCUCAAAGAAAAAUAAGAAAAGAAAUUCUUCAGGUGAUGAGAAACGAGACAAUAAACGAGCCGGAGACCAAGAGAUUAAAUUACCUCGAUUUGGUAAUUCGAGAGACGAUUCGACUGUUCCCCGUGGGACCGGUACUUCCUAGAAAAACAACUGAUGAGAUUAAACUGAGCACUUGCACUCUACCUAAGAAUUGUUCGGUGAUGAUGCUACCCUUCGCAGUCCACAGAGAUCCGAAGUACUGGAGUGAACCGGAUAAAUUUAUUCCUGAACGGUUCACCCCGGAGAACUCUAAGGAUCGUCAUCCGUACGCUUAUAUUCCUUUCAGCGGUGGUCCCAGGAGCUGCCUAGGGCCCCGAUAUGCCUUGAUGGUCCUGAGGAUCAUGGUUGCACACCUUCUUCGAUCGUAUGAAUUAACAACCAGUAUGAAAAUCGAUAAUUUGCAGUUAAUCACUCACAUAUCCACCCGCUCCCUUAACGGACAUAAGAUUUCCGUUAAAAAAAUUGAAUUAUCUAAUUAAUUUGAGCUCCGGGCAUAAACAAAAUGAUUUGUUGAUGAUUAAGAAAUAAUGUGAAAUACAUGUUUUAUAAAUUAAUAAAAUUU